AUGUUGGGUGAGCAGGGGUGAAGGCGGAUAUCCACAAACCAACACACACAUCUUAGACACGAGGGAGUGCUGACAGAGACGAGCAGACAGGGAGACAGGGACAGGACACAAAGUGGAGUGGUUAAAAGCAAGAAGACAGUGAGCCUCUGAGCAGAGAAGAUGAUCUCUUUUUUUACUAAAUGAAACUUUUACAGGGAAGGUUGAGGAGUUCACAGGAGAGUCCUGGGCCACUGUUUCAUUGAGAAAGGCUAAUCUGGCCUCCAACUUAGUGGAUUCAUUGACAAUUCUGAACGUGGAUAAGGAAUCAACCAGUCAGGAGCUUUCUGGGUCCACAGAAAGUGCUAGUCAGACUGACACCAACAACAACAACAACCAGGUUUGUGUUUUAUAUUUUACUUUACAUAUGACCAAAAAAAAGAAAAAAAACUUUGUCAUAUGUUAAACUAACAAUGGCUGGUUCGACUAUCGAUACCAAGAAUAGACACUGAGUGUAUUUGCAACUGUAGCAGGUGUUGUGUUUGGGCAGCAUGAAAGGAGAGGUUGUGUGACACCUGUUUGUGCUGCUAGUUUAAGAGUAUUAGACAUAGAGACACAUGAGCUCUGCACACACAGACACACACACGCACACACUCACAGUGAGUUUCUUUUUCUUUCUGAUGAGUCACCACUGUAAGACCUGACCUGAUGUGACUGUUCCUGUUGCAUGUCCAAAUACUGAUUUAUUCCAUUGGACAGAAGAAGAAUUAUUAAUCUAAAUUGAUUAAUCUCUGUAAUUUACUGAAAUGUUUUGUCUGGAUUAGAUCUGAAAUUUUAAUUUUAGAAAAGUUUCACAACAGAUUUGACCCUCAAACUAACAACAACACUAUGUUCCUCUCAGAUGAAGAGCUUGUGGUUCAAGAAAUCUUUCUGUAUGAUGUUAAAUUAUAGACCUGAAGAGAUUUUUGUUCAGUCAGCUCUCGGAUGUUUUCUUCAGAAUAAAAUUGACCAGUGUUCAGGGCUUUGUUUUAAAAUGAAAAGGGCAAAUUUUCCAUCCAACGUUUGACCUCUUGACUACAUUCAAAUGAUUGAGAUACUCAACAAAUCCCACUGAGCUGGGGGUUUCGCAUUACACUCUGCUUAUUACGUUCAGGGACUGUGUCACCCCUAAAGAAGAGAGAGGACCCUAAAUUUGGAACAAAUUACAUCAUGCUAUCCUACAAAUUAAAGCAACGCUCUUCAAAUACUAUCUCAACAGAUCCAUCUUCACCGUGUUAAUGUAGGUAAAGCAGAAACUAACAUGAAUCUCUGCAGUGAAAGACGCAGAGUGAUAAGAGCAUAUAGAGUUUUCAUUCAUACAAGUCCUUCAAACACUUUCAUUCAGAUGAUUCAUGAUGUUUAUUGUCAGUAUUGUGUAGGGAACAGAAGCAUUCAGAGAAUGUCCCAGUGGAUAAAACCUCCUCCAUAUCUCCAAGACAAUUAAAUCAAACUGUUGUGAAUGUGUGUACAAAUGAGAGGUUAAAUGAGUGUUUGUGGUCUGAGCAAACUUUCUUCCUUAUUUUUUUACAUUGUUUUGAGUUACAGCUGUGCUGCCCUUUAAUUUGCCUGUGACACAAAGAUUACUGGAGAGGUGAUGUGGAGAAGUUUAGUUAUGGUCUCCGUAAGGCCAACAUUUUCAACCAAACAAACCAAGUUUAUUUGUACAACGCCAGGAAUAAAUGAGUAUUAAAGAACAUCCCUUUCACAGUUACAGGGUAAAGUGGUUUAAACAUGAUUUAGUAGAACACUGAAAAUCAAGAAAGAAAAGAUGCAUGUAAGUAAAGGUUUGUUUGUCAAUAGAUGUACACGUUAGAAAUCAGUGAGUAAAUGUAAGCAUUACCUGAUCAGGUUACUUUUGUAGAUGUAUUUUUGACACUUGAAUAAAGUCUAUUUUACAUUCUUACACUCCAGACAGAUGAACCCAAGCUGGAGGAGGGCAAAGAUCAGGGGGAGGAGCCAGCAGCAAAGGACACUGUGGAAGGUCAGGAGGUAGUGGUGGACGAGGCUUCAGAGCCAGAUAAGACAAAAGAUGAAGCCCAAGCUGCAGAGACAGACAAGCAGGAUGAAGGUGACAAAGAAGAGGCUGGACGAGAUAAAGACACGAAAGAUAAAGACAGGAAGGAUCCUGAGGUGAUGAGCAGAGAAAAAGAGGGGGAGGGGGAGAGUAAGGAAGAUGACAAAGGUGGGCAGGUGGAGGAGGUCAAGAGUAGUGAGACUGGUGAGAAAGGAGAGGAGAUGACGGACAAAACCAAAGAGGAAAAGAAGAGGAAAACAGAGGAAAAGACAGAGAAAGAAGCACAAGGACCAGAAGUAGAAAAGGGUGUGAAAGAAAAAGGUGCAAAAGAGGAGGAGAAGGACAAGAAAGCCAAGGAUGCAAAUGUGGACACAAAAGACAAAGGACAGACUAAAGAAGUGGAGUAGCAAGGAAAGCCCAAAAGAAAGAGUGGUCCUUCUCCAUCUGCUCUCUCCAGACCGAGACCCUCUGCCCGCUCCAUCAGAGCAGCUGCUAAAAACGACAUCAUCGCUAAGUUUCAGCAGGGGGCUCCAGAGUAAGUCAUUUCAGAAAUACUCUUAAAACAUGAGAAUAAUGAUGGUGAGGUUUAGUCUGAUAAAGGUUCAUUGAGUAAAAUUGUGACAUUUUCAGGACACCAAUACCACGCAAUUUUAAAAUUCAGAAGUCAUCUUCAGCUGCAGCGACAGGAGCUUCGAUCAAACAGAAGAUGCUUCAAUGGUGCCGCAACAAGACUCGCAAAUAUGAGGUGAUCAUAGUUUUUGACAGAGAACUACAAGAAAAUUCAUCUCGGUUUGGAUGUACUUUCUCUAUCACCCUUUUAUGUCACAUCUUCCUGUCCUUUUGCACUGCAGGGGGUGAACAUCGAGAACUUUUCAUCGUCUUGGUGUGAUGGUCUGGCGUUCUGUGCUCUGAUCCAUCGCUUCUUUCCUGAUGCUUUUGACUUCAGCUCCCUGAGUCCAAAGGAGAGGGAGAAAAACUUCACUCUGGCCUUCCAAACUGCAGAGUAAAGACAGUUUUAUUAUUCCUUUUACAGUCUAAACAAUAGACUCUAACAACAAUCAAGCACAAGGUUACUGUGACAGAAGCAAAAGAGCGCCUGGAAUUACACUAAGUAUUGAGCUGUUUGAUGAAGAAACAGGACAUUUUGUGUCCUGGAUUUGACCUGAAUUUUAUGCUACACUUGACUUUGGACCAUCCGUUAACUGUUUGACCUCAAUCUUUGCUGUCUUGUUUCAUUUGCUCUUUUAUUGAUAUUUAAGUGUAACAAAUCAAAAAAACCUCAAUGCUUUUACUCAUUGAUCAAAGGAGGAAUGAAACUGUACACCAAAUUUUUCAAAGUUUUGUACCCACUGAUGGCUGCUGCUCAUUGAAGAUUUCACUAAAUUUUGCAGGAUAUAUUUCUGCUUUGCACAUAAAAGAUAAAUAAGCUCUCACUGAGGUUUGAAUAAUGUCUCUCUCUCCUUAAUUGUGUCUGUUUUUCCCGUCUUCCUGGUAGGUCCUUGGCUGACUGCUGUCCCCUGCUGGAAGUGGAGGACAUGAUCAUGAUGGGUAAUAACCCUGACCCCAUGUGUGUUUUCACAUAUGUCCAGUCCCUCUGCCACAACCUCUCCAAAAUAGAGAAAGAGAGGAAGGAAAAAGAAAAGGAGAAGACGGAGGAAGGUGAAGGUGAUAAAGGGGAAGAUGCAGCAGGGGCUGUGGAGGAGGGGGAGUCUGCUGAGAAUGGGACGAGGGAGAGCCAAGAGGAAUCACCGAGAGAGGAUACAGAGACUGAGGGAGCUGCUGAAGAAGGAAAAACAAAUGACAACAGUGAGGUGGGGGCAGAUGAAGGAGUCAAGGUUGAGGCUGACUCCUAA